GCUGAGCCUGGAGGGGAAAAUAUUAGAAAUUUAGUGCACACAAAUAAAAUAAAGAGGAAAGGAAAAAGAAGGUCCACUUUCUGCUUUGUUCCUAAACGAAAAUCAAACUAUAAACUAGGCGACGUAAAAAUGGCGUCGGAAAGAAGCGAGAAAUGGGUUCUGACGCUCACGGCGCAGACUCCGACGAACAUAGCGGUGAUAAAGUACUGGGGGAAGAGGGAGGAGGAUCUCAUCCUUCCGAUCAAUGACAGCAUUAGCGUCACUCUCGACCCCGAUCACCUCUGCACCACCACCUCCGUUGCCGUCAGCCCCGCUUUCACCCAUGAUCGAAUGUGGCUCAACGGCAAGGAGGUAUCUCUUUCCGGAGGCAGAUUCCAGAAUUGCUUGAGGGAACUUCGGUCGCGUGCUAGCGAUGUUGAAGAUGAGGAGAAGGGUGUUAAGAUAGCAAAAAAGGACUGGGAGAAGUUGCAUCUACAUAUUGUUUCUUUUAACAAUUUCCCUACUGCUGCUGGUUUAGCUUCAUCGGCUGCGGGUUUGGCAUGCCUGGUUUUCUCCCUGGCUAAGCUAAUGAAUGUGAAAGAAGAUCACAGUCAACUGUCAGCUAUUGCGAGACAAGGUUCCGGAAGUGCUUGUCGCAGCCUGUAUGGCGGAUUUGUCAAGUGGAUCAUGGGGAAAGAAGAAAAUGGUAGCGACAGCAUUGCUGUUCAACUUGCAGAUGAGAAGCACUGGGAUGAUCUUGUUAUUAUCAUUGCAGUGGUAAGUUCACGACAGAAGGAAACAAGUAGCACUUCUGGAAUGCGUGAUACUGUCGAAACCAGUGAGCUCAUAAAACAUAGAGCAAAGGAAGUUGUACCGAAAAGGAUAAUACAGAUGGAGGAAGCAAUUAAGAAUCGUGAUUUUCCAGCUUUUGCUCGUCUGACAUGUGCAGACAGUAAUCAGUUUCAUGCAGUUUGUCUGGAUACCUUACCCCCUAUCUUCUACAUGAAUGACACAUCUCACAGGCAAGCACUUUCCUCUGUUCACGUCACAUUAACGAUAAUCAGUGCUGUUGAGAAAUGGAAUCGCCAUGAAGGAACACCGCAGGUGGCUUAUACAUUUGAUGCUGGGCCAAAUGCAGUACUUAUUUCUAACAACAGAAAGACUGCUGCCCUUCUGCUUCAAAGGCUGCUCUUUUACUUCCCUCCUCAGUCAGACAUUGAUCUGAACAGGUUUAUAGUUUAUACACAAAUCUGA